AUGGUAAAAAACAAAAUAAGGGAAGAAGAGGAAGCUAAAGGAGCGAGGAGGACGAAGAGGAGGAGGGGGAAGAGGAGAAUGAGGAGAAGGAUGCGCUCUUCCUCUCCUAAGGCAGCAGAAACGUGCUCCUUCCUGUUUAAUGGAGCUGCAGAACGGAGCUCACCGUUUAAUCACUGGGCGGGUCCAGAUCAGGUCUGGUCUGGUUCAGGUCUGGUUCAGGUCUGGAUCAUGUCCUUAGGUCCAGAUCAGGUCUGGUCUGGCCCAGGUCUGGUUCAGGUCCUCAGGUCAGGAUUAGACCAGGUCAGGCUCAGGUCUGGUUCAGGUCCUCAGGUCAGGAUUAGGUCAGGUCUGGCUCAGAUCUGCUUCAGGUCUGGAUCAUAUCCUCAGGUCCAGAUCAGUCCAGGUCUAGCUCAGGUCCUCAGGUCACAGGAUGCUGCGGGCUGCUGUGAGUCUGAGAGCUGCUGGAGUGCUGCUGCCGGUAAUGAGGAGCGUGCUCUGCAUCCUAAAGCCCCCGUUCAGGGCUUCAAGUCCGGAUCCUUAAACCAGAACCAGAUCCUCAAACCAGAUCCUCAAACCAGAUCCUUAAACAAGAUCCUUAAACCAGAUCCCUAA